AAUUCAUUGUAGUUACCACCGCUAUUAGACUUUUAUUUUGAAGGGCAGGAAGCCAGCAGCAUGUCAGCUGAUACACAGUAACACACGCCAGACACUGUCACAAACCUGGUUACCUGGGUCGUAGGAGCUUGAGUGGCUGGAGAGGACAGAGGAUAAAUCGAACCAUGCUGCCUGACAAAGACGGUCCAGGUGUUGGAGGCGGACAGAGCUUUCCUGAGGGUGAAGACCCCUCCGUGUCUCUUUUUAGAGACUACCUCCGGCUCAGAACUGUGCACCCAGAGCCCGACUAUGAUGCUGCUCUUAGGUUCCUUGACAGAAUAGCGGAGGAGCUUGAGCUACCCUUGAAGAAGAUCGAGGUUUUUCCAGGUAGAGUCAUAUCCAUCAUGACAUGGGAGGGAACGAAUCCCACCUUGAAGUCCAUCUUGCUGAAUUCCCACACAGAUGUUGUACCUGUUUAUCAGGAACAUUGGAAGUACGAUGCUUUCAGUGCUUUCAAAGAUGCAGAGGGCAACAUUUAUGCCCGUGGAUCACAGGACAUGAAAUGUGUAACUAUACAGUACAUCCAGGCAAUCAGGAGGCUGAAGGCGAGGGGAUGGAAACCGACACGCACUCUCCAUCUAAUGUUUGUUCCUGAUGAGGAAGUUGGAGGCUACAAGGGGAUGGAGACAUUUGUGAAGCAGCCAGAGUUUCACAAGUUAAACAUCGGCUUUGCCCUUGAUGAAGGUUUGGCCAAUCCCACUGAUGCAUUCACUGUGUUUUAUGGGGAAAGGAACCCCUGGUGGAUUACUGUCCAUUGCCCAGGCAGUCCAGGUCAUGGGUCUCGGUUUGUGGAGAAUACAGCAGCUGAGAAGCUGCGCCAUGUCAUGAACUCCUUCCUGGACUUCAGGGAGAAGGAAAAACACAGGCUAAAUACCAGUGAGUGUUUUACACUUGGUGACGUCACCACAGUAAAUAUGACUAUGGUCAAAGGGGGCGUGGCCUACAAUGUCAUUCCGGCUGAAAUGGACGUCAGCUUUGACCUAAGAAUACCACCUACAGUAAAUCUGCAGGAGUUCGAGAGGCAGAUCAAGCAGUGGUGUAAGGAAGCAGGGGAAGAUGUCACCUAUGAUUUUGCUCAGAAACACAUGAACCAGAAUAUCACAUCCACAGAUGAGAGUGAUCCAUGGUGGAAUGCCUUCAGUGCUUCCUGCAAAGAAAUGAAUAUGACUUUGAAGAAGGAGAUCUUUCCUGCUGCCACAGAUAGCCGUUUUAUCCGUGCGGUGGGCAUCCCUGCUAUUGGCUUUUCUCCAAUGAACCGGACGCCGAUCCUGCUGCAUGAUCACAACGAGUAUCUGAACGAGCGAGUCUUCCUGAAAGGCAUCAGCGUGUACGAGAGGAUCAUCCCGGCUCUUGCCAGCGUUGCUGCCCUUCCCAAUGAGGCUUAGACAUAAUUUAAUCCUUUCUAAAACAUAUUUACCAGAUGAUCUGACUAUUUAACUUGAGGAAUUAUCAAAGAUUACCAAAGAGUAUAUCAUUAAACGGAGCACUGAGCCUUUGGUACUGUUUAUCUUUUUGAUUCUCAGGAUGAAGUCACACUAAGCUUUGCUUUACUCAGCACAGCAGCAAGUCUUAGCAUCCUUUAUGUUAGCGUUGUGAUUGAGUGCACCUUUUUUUUGAAGGAUUAAUGCCUGUUGUGUAAAUCAGUUCAUUUAAAGAACUCAAGUGAAAGCUGAAGAGGCUUUUGAUUGCCAGUUUCUAAUUAAACCAAAUCUAAAAUUUUAGAUGACAGAGAAUUUUAAUUAACCAAAAGUCAAACUGAAUAAAUGUAUUUCUUCACUAAUGUCACUGUCCUGUUUUCUGCUACACAAACAGGAGAGACAUGCCUGAUGCCACGUUAGCACUCAGUUUAAUUAGACCUAUUAAUUAGAGGCAGAAUUGCUGUUGUUUUAUGAAAGAACGCUUCUGAUUGCCUUUGGGGGAGGCAUUUAACCUCCAAACAUCUGGUUAAAGGUCCAGCAAUAACACUUAAAAUAAUCACAUCAAUAAAACACUGAAUCCAUUUGUAGCCUCAAGAUAAUCACAAAGUGGACCCCAAACAAAAGUCCAGCUUUUCACCCCACUUAAUUUCACCAUUAUGUUCCUGAAGGCUGCUUUUUUUUAUCACAUGUUAACAGCAAGAUGGAGCUAGAGCUCGUAUUUCACAAAAUGCACAACAUGGGUUUGCCUCCUAAAGGAACACAACACAAUAAAAUGCCGAAAUGUCUCACUGGAUUCAUCCUACUAAAUUUGGUGAUAGUGGACCAUAGAUAGGUGGCAGUUGUGAUAAUAGGUAAAAUAUAAAUGGUGACAGGAAAUUUGAUUUAGUGCUUUGAUUUUUCUUUGUCCUGAUAUUUAUUCACCCAAUUUUAUCCUCACCCACCCAAAAUAUUCCAUCAGCAUCAUUUAUGCUUUAGGUGUAGUGCUUACUAAUAAACAUUAGCGUUCUAACAACCUAAAGUAAAAUGGUGGCAUUACUGUGUUUGUGCUUACGGUGAUCUCAUUGUGAGCAUCUCAGUAUGCUGCAAUUAGCUUUUAUUCCAGAGCCUGAGUGCAGUUUCACAGAAAGUGUACUGUGGCUGCAGAUUCCCAGGCUAAAAAUCAUAUUUAAAAUAUCAGAAAGAUAUCUAAUAUGUUGGCCAGAGGGAAUCACUAAAUCAGAAUGCAACAUUUUAAAAUCCGUAAGACAGAAAAGUGUAAAACUGGCCUACAGUUAAAAUCUCUGCUCAGUCAGCCAGAUUAAAACUGUGUUUUUAUUUAGCGUGUCCCUUAAAUAGAAAGUGAUUUGUUUUAUUCACUUCACUUGGAUGGUUAAAAAUGGAAAAACUCUGUAAAGAAGGAUGUUAUGAAAUACAGAUGGAAUAAUGGCAAUGAGGAAUUAAAAAUGUAUUUUGAUUUUUAAUGCUAUUUACAUGAGGUAAAGGUCGGCCUCAUCCACAGUGCAGCUCUCGUUGGUAUUGUCGUCUAAUUAACAGUGUAUGGCUCUCAGAGGGGGACUGGCAGGAAGCGAGUGCAGUCAGUAAUUAGUCUUCUCUCUCUCCCCAGGACGUGACAGCAGUAUUAGCACAUGGGGCCAUCAGGGAGCCGAAUAAAAGCUGAACCCAGAUCCUUCCUCCCAGAGGGGGGGAAAAAGGUGCAGCCAUCCUGUCGGGUCAGCUGCCGAGCUUCUGAAUGCCGGGCUGUGGGGAAACAUAGGUGCUGUUAAACAGUUUGUCAAUGACAACUUCGCUGUUUCAGUAUUUCAGGAAAGCCUUUAUUAUAUGUGGUGCAGAACAAAUGUCUAACCCUGUUGGACUGCAGCUAUAGGGCAUUCUUUUUCGGGGCCAGAGUCAGUAAUUUGUAUACAUGUUUUUUCCUUGGUAACAAAAAUUGCUCGACAGCUGAUCCCCACUUAAUCGUGGUCUCUGAGCAGGGUGCCUGCCCACAUGGGGAGAUUUAACCUGGUUCACAAGGUCUGUGCACACACCCUACUGUGGCAUUUCCAGGAUUAUGAUCAUAAUUCAUGAACAGCUCUCAAAGACCUUUUACAAUUAAUUGACCAAGUAAAGCCUAAAGAUUUAUAGAAAUAAAAUCGUAAACAAGAACUGAGAGGCAGUCUGAAAAACAUUUUUUCUAUCAGUAUCCGUAAAGCAGCUUUGGUGUACAUAUAGCAAGGCUGUAAUGAGUUUCACUUCCAUGGUUUUCUUGCUUCUGGGGAGAGCCGUUAAUACUCGCAGAUGCUGCAGUGUAUGAAGGGCUAUAUGCACAGUGUAAAUCACACAGCUGAAUGGCUCUGCUGCUCCACUGCAGUGCAACUACAGCUGUCCUUUGGUGGUAAAUACAUCCAAGCCCUUUUGUAAUCGAAGGAGCUAACUGUCUCUCAGGGCUUGUAGUUCAACAGCCACUGCGAUCAUCUGUUUUUUUUUUAAUUGUUUUUACUCAGAUAAGGAAAUUUAUCUACAAAAAUCCAAAUCUGUGUUUUGAAGGUAGUUAAUUUAGUAGUUUUUAAAAAAAAAAAAACAUUUUUCUUGUACAGGCUUUAGCUGAAGAAGGAAGCUCCAUAUUUAAACUACUUUUAAAAAAAGAGAGAUUUCUAUACUUAAAUAGGCCAUAAAAGAAUAACAGUUAUUUGAUAUCAUAUAUUUGAGACCCAUGUCCGCACAUCUGCUUUUUAACUUCUUAGUUUCUACACAUUCUCUGUCUCACUGCAAAUUUUGAUGUUUAAUUCAUUUCCCUGCAUUUUAAAAUCUCUUUUUCUUAUAUAGAGCAUGUCCAAAUGCCUGGCUGAUACAGUAUAUGUUACAUCAUUUUGUAGUCUACCAUUGCCAGACUUAUUUCUGGGCUGUGUUCCUGUGUAUCUGACAGAUUGCAUGAAAAUAGGAUGAGCUUAAGUACUGUCUCUGACUUUGACUUUAACUUAUCACCUAAAUCAUAAGGAAGUGAGCUCUUGGUUUGAGCACACGUGACAGGCAUGAAAGAGCACGGAGACACCGUGGCAAAUGUCUACGCUACCUGCAACAUCAUAUGUGAAAAGGAACAGGCACCAGUGGCAGAUACUAAUUUUGGUGUUCUCUGGGGAGAGGGCUGUGAAAACAGGUCUCACUAAAGGACCCUCAUGCAGUUUGGUUCUGACAGUUUGGUCAGAAAUAUACACAUGAGUACCCUGCAGGAGGUCAUUUUGUUGGGUUCUUGCAGUCCGCCUCCUGAUCCUCCUCACACAAAGAAGCAGAUACUAGUCCUGCUGCUGAUGCCCUUCUACAGCCUUGUCCAGUUCUCCUUGUGCAGUGGCACAUCUCCUGAUAAUACCUCCACACUCUUGAGACUGUGCUGGGGGAGAGAGCAAAUCUUCAUGUGAUGGCAGGUGUGGAUGUGCAGUCCUGGAGGAGCUGGACUAUGUGUCCAACAUGAGUGUGCUGAAGGUACUGUCUCAUGCAUCCAGCAGUGAGAAGAACACUAGCUAUAGAAAAGUCAUUCAGGUGGGAUACAGAGAGAUCAGAGGUGGUCUGUGAAAACUAUUCCUUUUUGGGAGUUGUCUUGUUGACUUCCCAGUGUACCUGUUGUCACCUUCUCAGAGAGAGUUCUCAAUUUAGCACCAUAUGUGUUCACUGCAUGCGUAAAGUGUAGAGCUUGUCACAAAAACUGCCUUGCAGGCCGCUGUUCAUGACUCUACUGCAUUAUGUGUGCCUAAUGCCUGAUGCCUUUAAAUUCCCAUUUAGCACAGUGUUUACAUCAGUGUCAGCUUUAACAUUAAUUUGUCACAGUACAUGUUUCAAACUGUCAUAGCAGAAAAUCAGAGGUGUAAUUAAUAACAUAAAUAGUGAUUUUAUUAAAUUUUAUGACUCAGUUCCAUUCCGGCUCUUUUUUAUGGUAAUGUGUGAAUGCAGAGAAUGCAUCGGUAAUAUUAUUGGUUACACACUAAUUACCACAGCAUGGUGUAUUAUAAGGUCCAAGGACUGUAAAUACAGAGG